UGUGUGUAUUCAUUUGUGGAGCGGUAACGGUACGUGCGGGAGUGUCCAUGAAGUCUUGCAAACGAGAAUGAUAAGCGAGUGACUGUGACAAGUGUACGGUUUGGUCGGGUAGUGGAUAAUGUAGGUCGGAUACGGUUUGUUUUGGUUAAUUAUUAGGUGUUUGAUGUAAAUUAAAACGCCGAGACUUGAUCAGUGUGUGGCCUCAUUUACGGAUGCUGAAGUUGGAAGAAGUGAGCGUGUGAGGUACUUUAAAGUAAACAGUUUGUGUUCCCGCUCACUGAAAGUGCACCGUGAUGGCUGAAGGAGGAGCAACGAGCACCAACCCCAACGCGGAGAUCGUGCGGGGCCAGGUCUUCGAAGUGGGGCCCCGCUACGUGAACCUGCAGUACAUUGGCGAAGGCGCCUACGGGAUGGUUGUAUCGGCCUUCGACAACGUAAAGAAAACGAAAGUCGCCAUUAAGAAAAUAUCGCCCUUCGAGCAUCAGACCUAUUGUCAGAGAACCUUAAGAGAAAUCAAAAUCCUUACACGGUUUAAGCACGAAAACAUAAUCGACAUCCGGGAUAUUUUAAGGGCGGAUUCUAUUGAUCAAAUGAAGGAUGUCUACAUCGUGCAGUGCUUAAUGGAAACAGACUUAUACAAAUUGUUAAAGACACAGAAAUUAAGUAACGACCACAUCUGUUAUUUCCUAUACCAAAUCCUACGAGGGCUGAAGUACAUUCACUCGGCGAACGUCCUACACAGGGAUCUCAAGCCCUCCAACCUGCUACUUAACACCACCUGCGAUCUGAAGAUAUGCGACUUCGGGCUGGCGCGGGUGGCAGACCCCGACCACGACCACACCGGCUUCCUCACGGAGUACGUCGCCACGCGCUGGUAUCGCGCCCCGGAGAUCAUGCUCAACUCCAAGGGCUACACCAAGUCUAUAGACAUCUGGUCGGUGGGCUGCAUUCUGGCGGAGAUGCUGUCCAACCGGCCCAUCUUCCCGGGCAAGCACUACCUCGACCAGCUGAACCACAUCCUGGGCGUGCUGGGCUCCCCCAGCCAGGAGGAUCUCGACUGCAUCAUCAACGAGAAGGCCCGUGGGUACUUGGAGUCGCUGCCGUUCAAGCCGCGCGUGCCGUGGGUGGAGCUGUUCCCGGGCGCCGACGCGCGGGCUCUCGACCUGCUGCACCGCAUGCUCACCUUCAACCCGCACCGGCGGAUCACUGUGGAGGAGGCGCUCGCGCACCCCUACCUCGAGCAGUACUACGACCCCAACGACGAGCCAGUAGCAGAGGAACCCUUCCGCUUCGCGAUGGAGCUGGACGACCUGCCCAAGGAGACCCUCAAGAAGUACAUCUUCGAGGAGACUCUACUCUUCAAGCAACUCAACGAAGACGCGUAGGCGACUAACUAACCCACUGUCCUAAAAAGAUCUACUUUGUCCUCUGUGUAUGGUAAGCGAUCUUGGCCUUUGUAUCGAUGGAGCAAGAAUGAUAUCUUAAUUUUGAUGGUUCCUAGUUCAUUUAACUAUCCUUUGGUUGAUGAGGCGAUGGUUCCUACACCAUAUAAAAU